UGGCACACUUGGUCACACUGGGCACCGAGCGGAAUAUAUAGCACUUUCUGUCGCAAAAUAGCGCUUCUGAGACUUAACAUCGAUGUUUCUCCAGCUCUAAUCAUCUGUACAAGAAAAAAACGUCGACGACGCGUAGCGAGAAAUUCGGUAAGGGAAGUAAGAAGAGAAGCGUACCGUACGUUAAGCUAAGAAGGAAUACGCAAAUACACAGAAUAGCAAACAGCAAUGGACGUAUCACAGCCACCGCCUCAGUUGCUGACGGCGCCAUCUGCGCUGGCGACAAACUUCACAUCCCUUCCUCCUCCCUCGAUGGGCGGACAGCACUACAGACAUUACCAUCCCCAUCAUGGCUCCAACAAGCAUGGCUACAACCAGUUUAAGCCCUUCAUGCCGGGUGGCUUUCAGCGGCCCUUCGGCAUGUCCCAGGACGAUUUCGAUGGCAAGCGAUUGCGCAAAAGUGUAAUGCGAAAGACCGUGGACUACAAUGCGUCCAUCAUCAAGGCCCUGGAGAACCGCCUAUGGCAGCGUGAUCACAGGGAUCGACUGGCCCUGCAGCCCGAUAGCAUAUAUGUGCCUCAUAUGCUGCCGCCUUCCAGCUAUCUGGACAACCCCUCGAAUGCAGUGACGACGCGCUUUGUCAAGACGGCCACCAAUAAAAUGCGCUGUCCCAUCUUUACGCUAGCCUGGACGCCAGAGGGCAGGCGUCUGGUCACAGGAGCCAGCUCAGGCGAGUUUACGCUGUGGAACGGACUUACAUUCAACUUCGAGACGAUCCUUCAGGCCCACGAUAUAUCGGUGCGCACCAUGGUCUGGUCACACAACGACAGCUGGAUGGUAACCGGAGACCACGGCGGCUAUGUCAAGUACUGGCAGUCCAACAUGAACAACGUCAAGAUGUACCAGGCCCACAAGGAGGCCAUUAGGGGAAUAAGUUUUAGUCCAACGGACAGCAAGUUUGUCAGCGGCAGUGAUGACGGCACUCUGCGGAUCUGGGACUUUAUGCGCUGCCAAGAGGAGCGAGUGCUGCGAGGUCAUGGUGCCGAUGUCAAGUGCGUGCACUGGCAUCCUCACAAGGGAAUGAUCGUGAGUGGGAGCAAGGAUAACCAGCAGCCCAUUAAGAUCUGGGACCCCAAGAGCGGGAUUGCCCUGGCCACGCUACAUGCCCACAAGUCCACGGUGAUGGAUCUCAAAUGGAAUGACAAUGGAAACUGGCUGGUCACCGCCUCGAGGGAUCAUCUGCUGAAGCUCUUCGACAUACGGAAUCUGCGGGAGGAGGUCCAGGUGUUCCGUGGCCACAAAAAGGAGGCCAGCUCUGUGUCCUGGCACCCCAUUCACGAGGGCCUCUUCUGCUCCGGCGGCUCCGAUGGAUCCAUUCUGUUUUGGAAUGUUGGAACGGAUAAGGAAAUUGGCAGCGUGGAGACGGCCCAUGACAGCAUUGUGUGGACUCUGGCCUGGCACCCGCUUGGGCACAUUCUGUGCUCCGGCUCGAACGAUCACACAAUUAAGUUCUGGACCAGAAAUCGUCCGGGAGAUCUUAUGCGUGACAAAUACAACCUGAACACAUUGCCCGCCAGCUUGGCUGCAUUGGAUGAGUGUGAAUACGAUGAUGCCAUAAUACCCGGCAUGGGACCUGAGGACAGGGUGGAGUUUACCGAAAGCCUCACAGCCGAUAAGGGCUUCAUUCCCGGCCUGGAUCUGGAUCCCAGCAAGGCUCUCAGCGAUCGGGACAGGGAGAAGAAGGUGCCCUACAGCAAGCCCAUACCACGGAACUUCCAGGUGCAGUGGGCGGGUCCUCGCCGCGCCGACGAUCCGAGUGUGCUCACAAUCCACGAGGAACUGGCAGCUCGUGAGGCCAAGGACUUUUCCAACGGCCUGACGCACCAGCAGAUAAGCGAAAACACCCUGGAGGGCAUUCUGGCCAGUGGCAUGCUGAACGGCCUCGAUCCACACACAAUUGUCGGCGUUUUUGCCUACAAUCGCUUCAUUCGCGUGCAUCCCGAUUCGCGUCUGAUGGGGGCCAUACGUCAGGGAGCGGACUUCCUCAACAAGUACGUCGACGCUGGCAAGUUGGAGGAACUGAGCGAUGUGGUGCCCCUGAAGGAUCGAUCAAGAUCUGUCUCCCCCGCGGUGGAGGUUCGCGGCGAGGUGGCCUCGCCCCCAACGAAGAAGUCCCGCUUCGAGCCCCGACAGCACAACGCACAGUUGGUAUGCGUGCGCGAGCUGCUGCUCCUGAAGAAGCCCUUCCUGCCCUCGCUCGUCACCGCCAAGGCCCAACAGCCCAAUACGGAGUUUGUGGAUGAGCCCCCAUUGGAGCAGCGCGAGCGGGAGAGAGAGAGGGACCGCGACCGCGAUCGCGAGAGGGAACGGGAUCGAGAUCCAUCCCAAUCAAACAGACCCAAUCCAUGGGCUGCCAAUGCUCCCUGGUCGAACAAUGGAAACGGUGGGAGCGGAGGCGGAGGGAAUGGCGGCAAUGGCUCAAACGGCUUCAGCAACAACGGCCCUGAGAACUUCAACGAGCGAGAGCGGGACCAGUUUCCGAAGAGUGGCAACAACAACAACUCAAACAGCGGCGGACAGCAACGCCGCAGGCGUGGCAACAACAACUCCGGAUCCAGUGGCGGAGGUGGAGGCGGUGGCAGUGGUGGCAGCGGGAGCGGAAGAAAUCGGGGGCGAAACAACAGACGCUUCUAAACAGAAUCAAAUCCAGGAACCAUCCACACUGAUCCACACAUUCUCUAAUUGUAAGCCGACUCCUUUCGUUGACUCAAUCACGCAUGCAACAUUGCUUUUUAAUGCGAACACUCGCCUUGUAUUGUUUUAGAAAGAAAAGAAACUGAUUUGUAAUA